UACUUUUUUUAGUGCAACAGCUGGAUCAAAGUCCACUUGAAAGUGUCUAGUUUACAAUACACAACACUUAUACAGCAUUUAAAAUUACUAUUUUAUUUCAGUCAUAUUCUGACUUGCAACGAGUAUAUAUCUAUUUUUAAUAUCAUAUAUUUUUUAUAAUAAAUAUAUUGCGACAUAAUUUUCAGUGCCAAAUUAUUAUAAAUAUAAAACGUAACAAUGUUAAAUGUGUCAAGAAUUAUUUCACAGGCUCCAAAACAAUUUCAUAAAUUUGUUCAAUUGAAUACAAGAUGUUUAGCAACACAAGCAGCUUCAAAAUUAGAAAAACCCGAAACAAAGGAAAAAAAAGAAUCACAAUCAUUCACUAUGAAUAUGUUUCGAGGUCAAUUACAAUUAGAUCAAGUUAUUCCAUUUCCAAAACCAUUAAGUCAAGAUCAAUCGGAAACAUUGAAAAUGCUGAUUGAUCCUUUUUCUAAUUUUUUCAUGGAAGUUAAUGAUCCUGUUAAAAAUGACGAUACAGCUAAAGUUGAUGAAAAAACAUUGCAAGUAUUAUGGGAAUUAGGAGCAUUUGCUAUUCAAAUACCAGAACAAUACGGCGGUAUUGGUUUAAAUAAUACUCAAUAUGGAAGAUUAGUUGAAAUAGUGGGCCAAAAUGAUUUAGGUCUUGGAAUAGUAUUAGGCGCACACCAAAGUAUUGGAUUCAAAGGAAUUUUACUGUAUGGAACACCGGAGCAAAAAGAAAAAUAUUUAACCCGUGUUUCUAAUGGCGAGUACGCAGCAUUUGCAUUAACGGAACCAAGUUUAGGAUCUGAUGCAUCGGCCGUUAAAACCCGCGCUGUCAAAUCUGCUGACGGUACUCACUACGUAAUGAACGGCAGUAAAAUUUGGAUUUCUAAUGGCGGUAUAGCAAACAUUUUUACUGUUUUUGCAAAAGUCCCGAUAAAGGAUCCAAUAACUGGGGAAACUAGUGAAAAAAUGACGGCUUUUAUUGUCGAUCGUAAUUUUGGUGGUGUGACAAGUGGCCCACCUGAAAAUAAAAUGGGUAUUAAAUGCAGUAACACAGCUGAAGUUUACUUUGAAGAUGUUAAAGUACCAGCAGAAAAUGUACUGGUCGGUGAAGGUCAAGGUUUCAAAGUUGCAAUGAACAUUUUGAAUAAUGGCAGGUUUGGUAUGGCGGCAGCAUUGUCUGGUACAAUGCAGGCGUGCAUUAAAAAAGCUGUUGAACAUGCCAAUCAACGUGUACAAUUUGGUAAAACAAUAAACCAAUUUGGUGCAAUACAAGAAAAAAUAGCGCGAAUGUCAAUGCUUCAAUAUGUUACGCAAUCAUUGGCGUACAUGGUUUCGGGUAACAUGGAUUUAGGCAGUCAGGAAUAUCAAUUAGAAGCCGCUAUUUCAAAGGUGUUUGCUUCUGAAUCAGCGUGGUUUGUAUGCGAUGAAGCUAUUCAAAUUCUUGGAGGAAUGGGAUACAUGAAAAGCACCGGAUUGGAACGUGUAAUGCGCGACAUACGUAUUUUCCGAAUUUUUGAAGGAACAAACGAUAUUUUACGAUUAUUCAUAGCACUCACUGGUAUACAGUACGCGGGAGGGCAUUUACAAGAAUUACAAAAGGCUUUCAAAAAUCCUGCUGCUAAUUUAGGGUUAAUUUUCGAAGAAGCUGCUAAACGCGCUACCAAAGCUGUAGGGUUGGGAUCAACUCCUAAUUUUGCUCAUUUAUUGCAUCCUUCUCUUGCUGAAAGUGCUAAUUUAACCGGCAAAAGCAUUGAAUCAUUUGGACAAACUGUUGAAGGACUUCUAAUAAAAUACGGACGUGGAAUUGUUAAUGAACAAUUUGUAUUGAAUAGACUAGCACAAGCAGCUAUUGAUACGUACACAUCAGUUGUGGUAUUGAGUCGAGCUAGUAAAUCAUUGAAUGACAAAAUACCAAGUGCUGAACAUGAAUCAAUAAUGGCUAAAGUUUGGUGCACUGAGGCGGCAAGUCGUACAGCGUACAACUUAAAAGUUGUUAAAUCCGAUAAAUAUUUGGAUACAUUCAAUAAAUUGAAACAUAUAUCAAGAAAUGUAUGUGAGAGUGGUGAAUGCGCACAAAAUACACCAUUGGGUUUUUAAAAUAUUUAAAUAAUUACAUUAUUUAUUAUUAUUAUUUUUCAUAAAUUAUCGAAAAAUAAAAUAUGUUAAUUAUAUAAAGUUGAGAAAAGACUAAAGAGAUUAAAUACGACGUUAAAAAUUGUUUAAAAAUGUGCCUGUUGAUGCCUUCCAAAAUUUUAAUUAUUUUUUUAGACAAAUUUUAUUCACAGAAAAAAAAAAUCUUUGCGCAAAAAAAAAUUUUGUUUUCAAUUCAUAAUUCAAAAUUUUUUUCGCGCCAAAAGAAUAUUUUUUCUGUGUAUUUAAAUAAAAUGUUAUUGGUAUUAAUAAACAAUGCAAUUUUUAUUA